GUACACGCUCCGUCCUCCUUCGCGAUUGAUGCGAGAAACGCAGCACCUAACGUGGCGCCGUUGCUCUUCUCGUGAGCACUGGAAUGCGACUUGGACCGGACCAAUUCCACACUCGCUUCGCCUUCAACUUCACGACACCAUGACUGCCGCGCAUCAUUCGUGAAUACAGUCCAGGAACAAUCAGCUUUGCGAACUCCACUGCCUCUCCGCCCAACGACUCCCUCGCGCCGACCGCUGUACCGCACGACAAUAGCCUCGCGACAAUAGCAGAUCCAGAGCUCCAAGAGACACCACACCAACUCAACCACGAUCGAAUAUUCCUAUCGCCGACCUGCCCACAACCUCACCCGCAACGGCGUGGUGUACGCCCUAAAACAACAUCCCGUCUAACCCUGCGCAUCGCCGCGCUCAUCCUCCACAAUGAUCCCUCGAAUAUGGCCUGGCCUGCUGGCCUUCCUCCUUCUGUGUGUCCAAAAUGUGGGUGCCGCCGACUACUGGUUCAAUUACCAGACGGGCACGGGAGAAACAAUAGUCCUCAACGACAACCGCCAGCCAGCACUCUAUACUAGGAAUUUUGGAGAUUGCCUUGGCAGCAGCACAAUCAAUGUCACCCGCUUCGAUGUCGCAUACUACAAGGACAACAUGACAAUCCUCUGGCACAUGGCUGGCGAGACGGGUGUGACCAACGACAGCAUCAUGAUGAGCAUUGGAGUUUACGCAUACGGAGAGAAUCGAUACGAGCUCAUCUUCAAUCCUUGCGAUGCCAAUAUCGACAGCUUAUGUCCCCUCAAUGCCAGUCUGCCGAUCGAGGCCACCACCAUCAUUCCAGUCAGUGCCUCCGAUGUGGCUGCCAUCAUCCCACUUGCUUUGACGAUUCCGGACUUCGAAGGAGAGGCCAUUUUGCGCAUCUUUUCGAACACCACGAGACAAGAGAUUGCGUGCUACUCGGCCGUGGUGACAAAUGGAGCUUCCUUCAGCCAUCCUGCAGCUGUGGGCACGGUCUUGGGCUUGUUCACACUCGUAGCUGUGAUCGCCUCUUUUGCGACUGCCAUCUAUGGAGAAGCUGUGCCGACCAUGAGACUACACUACGCGCACUCGCUUUCAGUGGGCGUGGUUUUCGCAGUCUGGCAGCAUAUCUUCUUCUCUGGAGCUCUGUCCGUCAACUGGGCAUCGGUGCUUCCUGCUUGGUGGAGCAAUUUUGCAUGGGCUGGCGGCAUGAUCUAUACCGAGAGCAUGCAGAGCAACCUCAACAGCUUCAUUGGCAAUGACCUGGGCAAUACGUCCCAGGUCGGCGCAGCACAAUCCGGAUCCGCGACUCCUAGCGUUGGCGGCGGAUUCGACAUCAGCGCCAUUUACCGCAGAGCUCUGUACGCUGGUAUCAAGCGAGCGGCAGAUCUACCCCACGACCUCCCUGCAAAGAUAUAUGGUCGUCAAACAGAGACAGGCGAAACAUCUUCCACGACCAGCUUUUCCGAUAGACGAGACGGCUAUCAGUGGUAUGGCGAUCCGGUGCCAAACGGUCUGCCACUGCCGGGCAAUUACUCUGGCUUCGCUGGCACGCUUGGGUACGAAGGCAUCUCUGCCAGCACUGCGUUCUUGACUGGCUUCCUCUGGUUCCUCAUCAUUCUCGUCAUACUCGUUGCCUCAGUCAUAGCCUUCAAGUGGACUCUCGAAGGGCUGAUCCGCAUCAAGUGGAUCAAAACAGAUCGACUCAAGUUCUUCCGCGAUCGUUGGAUUGGCUACAGCGCUGUUGUUGCACUGCGCAUCUGCUACAUUGGCUUCUUCGCCAUGAUGUUCUUGUCCAUCUUCCAAUUCACCUACCUCGCUGGCAGUGGCGCGCAGGGUAUCGCCGCGAUCGUGUUCAUUGUGUUCUUCAUCGGCAUGCCGCUCGCCGCUGGGUAUGCGGUGUGGUACAAGAAGGCUAUGCUGGGGUCUACAUCCGGAAAGGUGUACGAGCAUAAGAUACUCAUGGGCAAGGUUCCGUUCCCAGUCGACCUUGGCAAGAAGGGGCCAGAGCAGACUGCUGUCGAGCUCCAAACCAGCGAGCCUGGCCAUGCGCAUUCCGAAAGCAAAUCUAGUACGGUGCCGAUCUGGAAGCGCAUAGCUUCGACCGAGAAGACACGUGAGGCGAACGACACGAAUGGAAAAUCCCGCAGCAUUCACGAUGAUGACGACUACAUCAAGAAAUUUGGUUGGCUGGCUGCUCGGCUCCGGCGUACACGCUGGUGGUUUUUUACCGCGUGGCUGUUCUACGAGUUUAUCCGUGCUGUCUUCUAUGGAGGCGCAUCAGGAUAUUCACAAGCACAAGUUUUCGGUCUGCUCAUUGUGGAAGUCAUCGCCUUUGGACUGAUCAUCUGGAUGAAGCCAUACGAAGGACAGCGCUUGAAUGUGUUGGUGGUGUACUGCCUGGGCUUCAGCAAAGUGGCCACGGUGGCGCUUUCAGCGGCUUUCGAUGUCAAGUACAAUCUGCCUCGCAUUCCUACCACAGUCAUUGGCGUCGUCAUCAUCGUAAUUCAGGGCAUACUCACGAUCAUCACGAUGAUUGCGAUUGUGGUCGGAGCGAUCAGCUCGUGGAUGUCGAUCAAGCGAAACACCGAAGACUUCCGACCUCGUCGCUGGUAUGGGAUGCGCGAGAAGUACUUCGAUCACCUGGACCGGACGGUUAAUGACCUUCCCCGACCUCCCAAGGUGAAGAAGCCCAAGAAUGUCGAGCCUGAAGAGGUCAAGGCCGGCUUCGAGAUGAAGAACGUCAAGCGGGUGGCCAAGAUCGAAGACGAGGAUCCAGAAUUCCAAGGCGACAUGGCAGCAGACCCGAAUUCAGCCUACAUGAGCACAGAGGAUCUUUCGUCAACCGCAUACGGCAAACGCGCAAUGACGCCGCUCAACCGCAGUCGUGCCAACAGCAGAGCCGCAAGCAUCAAGAGCUUUAGCUCGACAAAUCUGCCGUAUGGCGCAAGAUCACACCGGCCAAGCUGGAGCACACGAGACUUCUCGCGCGCAGGUUGGGAGCACGAUCUUGAUGAGAGCCAGACUGCAGGCGGUGACGAUGCGAUCGCACCUGUAACACCGAACAAGCGGCACAGCGGAGCGUUCUCGACGAAGCAGCCUUCGUUGCGUCCGAUGACUAGCAGCAGCUCGUUACGUGUCGGCGCCGAGGUCAGCAGCACCGAUGCCAUUGGCGUCGUCCCAGCACCUACUGUUCGCCCUCGUGCUGGCACAAUGGGCUCAGUGCGAAGUUCUCGACGCCUGUCAGGAGGCUUCCACGGCACUGAUCAUCUCGAAAUCGAAGUGCCGCCGAUACCAUCGCAGUACUCAUCGCAGCGAAAUUCGUACAUGUCGCUCAACGCCGACGCUGGCGAGUCGAGCUCGAAAAUGAGCACCAACUAUCAGCAGAAUCUCGCGCUAGCGAGAAGUACCCCGGUUCCUCUUACACCCGCCCAGGAGCAUGAGGAGUGGGAUUUGAAGCUUACGAAGACAAAUUCGAAUGCGAAUACGAAGAAAUCAGCCCCACAAUAGCGUUGUGGCUCGACCGUAUGGGAGGCCUCCUUUGAGGGGUAUCCGACUACGAGUCUUAAUAGUGACUACAGUCGUCCCAGUACGGCUCUUGAUUGGAUUUGAAGCGAAUCACGUUCUUGGACACAAUUGGGGCGAGGAUCCAACAGACUUUCCACCUCCAGCAUCUUUUUCGACAUGGCGAUUGGCGUAUAUGGGUGCGAGGAGGAGAGAUCUCGCACCCCGGGUUUUCUGCAUUUCACAUCUGAGGCGGCGGCGGCGGCGACGUCGCCUUGUCCCACUCUCUGAAUAUAUUUCGACAGAUCGAGGAACCAGAAGUCUUCCUCACAGCAUGGCGCAGCACCUUUCUCUGGAGCGCGCAACAACACAGCACAUCGAGUGCUCUGUUCCUUUAUUUCGUAGUUUUAAUGAGAAUAUGAGGUUGACAAAAGGGGAUGGCGCAGGCUGAGGGGUUUUGAAGAAGGGAACUUGUCCUGGUCCGCGCCACUACCACGGUAUAGAUGCGAUGAGUAUGACGAAGGACAAAGUCGACUCAGAAGACAUCAGGGAUGAGAGGAAUGACGAGGAAAAGGCCAUUGUGGCAGAGAAGGUAGAAACAGACCUGAGC